CAAAUGGAUCCAACGAUUUUGUUAGCAUCGAGGGGAAUGAAGGUAUAGAAUUAGGAGAAGAUAGGAAAUUACUUGUGAAAUGGGGUCUUACAGAGGAGACUGCGGACAGACUAUGUUGUAAUAUGCAAGGUCCCAUUUGGUCUCAACAAAUGUUAAAACAUUGGCUACUUGACUGGAUUUACAACUUAUGGGAUACAUCCGUCCAAAUAAGUUUCAAUGCAGUUUUUUAUAAUUCACGAUUUCAACACAAUGAAUGGCACAGUUAUGAAAGAGAUGAUGAUCCACAAAUGUUUGCCUCGUCUUAUGAAGAAAUCGUUACUAUUGGAAAAGAUGGUUUAAUUAGUUGCAAUACAAAAGUCUCUAACCCAACGGACUCUAAUCCCAAGGCUUUCUUCCAUGCAACAGACUAUCAAAGUGCUAAAUACAGUAUAUCGGUAAUAAUGGAGCCGAACUUAUUUAUUGCAAAGUCAAAUGUGACUUUGGGAAAUCUGUUUAGUAUAUCGGAUUUAAUUUCGGAUGAGAAUUUAUGGAGGGAGGUGGUGAUCGCAUUAAGGUGUGAAAAGCGUUCAGCAGUGGACGACGAUGAUUUUGUUUACGGAUAUCAGUUAUCAAAUCCUAGAGAAAUUGUCAAUGCGUACAAUAGAUCAAAUAGUAAGGAUCCGUGGCAGAAUCUCAUACCUUUAGCUAGAUGGGUUGAACAUAUUCGUCAUCUUCAACUUGUAGCAAAGACUAAUGGGCAGUAG